GCCCUGCUGCUUCUCGGCUCAGCCCAGGCCUCCCCUCUUGACUUGACCUCGCGCCAGACCACCGCCUGCCAGGCCGUGCACAUCUUCAUCGCGCGCGGCUCGACGGAGCCCUACCCGGGCCGUCAGGGCGCCCUGGCCAACGCCAUCUGCAGCGGCCUCCCGAGCUGCGGCUACGAGGACAUUACCUACCCUGCCGCGUACAGCCCGUACUGCAACUCGGUGCAGGCUGGCGUUGUCAAUGGCAAAGCGGCCAUCACUGCAUAUGCCAGCAGAUGUCCUAAUGCCAAACUGAUCUUGACGGGGUACUCGCAGGGCGCCCAAGCCAUCGGCGACAUCCUCGGCGGAGGCGGUGGCUUUCUGAGCGACUGCACCCAGCCGUCUUCCACCGGGUUGAGCCGCUUCAGCUCCCCUGGCAACAAGAUCGCUGCCGCCCUUCUCUUCGGCGACGUCCGCCACACUCCGAACCAGUCGUUUAACACUGGUACUGGCGCUGGUGGCUCCGGUAUGUGGCCCCGCUCCGGCGCGCAGCUCGCCGCGCUCAACUCGUACGCGUCGGUCCUGCGCUCCUGGUGCCUGUCGGGCGACAGCGUCUGCUCCCAGGGCGGCCGCGACCCGACCGCGCAUACCAGCUACUUCAACGUGUUCACCCAGGAAGCUGCUGCGUGGGUCAAGACUAAGCUCUGA